AUGGCCUCGAGGCGUCGGUCCAACCGCAACAUGCCCGAGAAUGUCUCGGGGUCGUGGCGGAUGGUCGAGGGCGAUAAUGAAAGCUUCGACACCUCCGUCGUUCCGGCACCUCAAGAUGAUGACGACGAUCACGCUGCCGACGAGGGUCCGCAUCAAGGUGCCUUCGAGCCAUCUACCCACCAAUCCUUCUCUGGGGCUAGACAUCUCCCCGCCCAUGACAGCAGCAGUUCUCGGUACGGUUCCCAGGACAGCGACGAUAAGAGUAAGGCUAUCAGCUCCCAGGACAGCAUUCGCGACUUCUCACGCCACCAAGAUGACCCGGAAAAUAUCCUGCGCUCUCCCUUCCGGCCGUCUAUGCCCGGCGUAGAGAAGAGCGACGGUCCCGAGCUUCGGAUGCCAAUCCUCGGAUCGGACGGCAGGGGCGGAGAUAGUGUACGCCGCAACCCCAGACGUCGAUGCACCACCAAGACCGAGAGCAGCACGGCGGGGGCAUCCGGUGGAAGGGCUUCAUCCAGAACCCGAGGCCAUAGACAUCGCUCUCCCGACUUGAACUCACAACCCAGAUUUGAGGUCUUGGGCCUCGCCCCUGCUGCCCUGAUGAACCUACUUCUGUGGGCCGCCAACGUUGCCCGUCUUGCCCUGGUGUAUGCCCAGAUGCCAGUGGCCAUUCUGCUGGCCGUGUGGAUCACUUUGGGCUCAUUAAUCAUGGUCGAGAACAUGGUCAAGCAGUCCAUCAAGACGUCUAUGUCACCGCUGUGUCUCCUCCCCGGCGCCGUAUCAGUCUUGCAUCUGCCAUUUUGUCCGUCCUCGGAUCCACACCAACCCCCCGCGGAUGACGAGCCGAGGAUGGUCGAGUUCGACGAUCUCAUGGGUGUCCAGGGAAAGCUGGAGCAGGUGCUGGAGACCAGCGCCGACGGCGUGUCGCUGCCGUACGAGAUGAAGCGAUCCGAGACAGCCAUCCGCGACCUGCGAACCCUGGUGCGGGCGAGCAACCUACAGUCGCGCGAGGAGCUGGUGCAGGAGUUUGGCAGCUACAUCGACGUGUCACGGCGCGCGGCCGCCGAUCUACAGCGCUUCAACACACACUGCGGCGCCACCGUCGACAGCGUCAUUGCCAUCAACCGCUGGACGUUGCGCUACCUCGACACGCUGGCACCCGCCAACGACCCCGUAUCCACGGACCUUGGGUUCAUGACACGCUGGUCGAACUGGGUCUGGUCGCCCUUUCUGCCCGAGAACCCCUACUACAACGACUUCAUGAUACUGAACAAGUACGUCGAGCACGCGGCGCACGUGUCGGAUCGCAUCACGACGCUGAUCCUCGAGGCGCAGACGGUGUUGGCCCUGCUUUCCCGCGCAGAGGACCACCUCGGCCUGAUCCACGAGCUGUCGUCGCGCGACGCCUCGGCCGUAGCCGACCGCCGCGAGGACACGCUCUCCCUCCUGUGGAGCAUGGUGGGCGGUAACCGCGCCCGCCUGCACAACCUGUCGCAGCAGAUGGCGCUCCUGCGACGCGUCAGCAUCCAGCGGUCCGACGCCAUGCGCCGCGUCCAGUCCCUCAUCCUCGAGCUCGAGGCCAUCCAGGCAGGGCUCGAGGACCUGCGCGAUAGGGUGGCGGCUCCGGAGCUCACGCUCUACGCAUUCAACACCAUGCCCCUCAGCGUCCAUAUUGAGACGAUUGACCGGGGUAUUCAGAGGUUGGAGGAUGCGAGGGCGAGGAUCACGGCUGCCGAGACGGAUCGUGUGCGGGAUGCCUUGUCAAGGGUUGGCAUUGUGAGUGAGCCAUGGUUGGAGGGGAGGUGA